AUGGUUCCGACUCCAAAUACUCCAUUUGGAGGGAAUAAACGAUUAACGCCAACGUUUCAAGGUAGUGAAGAUAACGAUGCUAGAUUUCCUCUAUUUGUUGAAGGACAAUGGGAUCACAGUUGUAUACAACUUCAAAAAUCGAGAGUUAAAGCGAAUCAAGAUUUGGAGGAAUUGGAGCCAUUCCGUUUACUUUAUAAAGCUAAAGAUUUGGAGAAAGUUGAAAGUUUUGAAAAAAGUCAAAACGUCAGAGAGGCCUCGAACAAAAUGUUAAGUAGUUUAUCAACAAUACCGGUGGCUGUUUUACACAUUCAUUAUCGACCAGAAAGUAUUGAGUAUGAUUUCAACAAUAUCAAGAAUGAAAGUGUGAUUAAACGUGAGUUUGAGGAAAUUAAGUCUAAAGACAAUAAUGAGGAGUGCAAAAUUUUAAUUAAAAGAGAAUUCGCAAAAGAUGAGAAGCCUGAAAGAUUACUUAAAGCACAAGACAUUAUCGGUAGCGAGACAUGA